UGUAUCGCCUGAGUCGAGUCGUGAUGCAUAUACAGGAAACAUUGAAGAAGAGCGACGAUCUUCAAUCAGGAACCAGAAAGAUGAGCUGUUUGGGCUUCGGGAAAGGCGGUUGGUGUUUGCUUGAAAUAGAGAUAUUGAAGAUUUUGAAUAUAUUGAUUUUUUUGGUCUCUUUUUUUUUGGUUCCCAGGCACUGACAACGUGUUCAAAUAUCAAUUUUUAACAGCUUAGGGAAGGACACGGAUCUGGAUUACAACAGUCUUGGUCAAAAUAACCGGGAGCCUCUUGAUUCGCGCGAUAGUUUACGAGAGCAAGGUCAAGUUGAGGCAGCGCUUCAAAAUGAUCGUGCCCAAAGGGAAGAGAUGGAGGCAGGGAUUUCGAGACUCAUGCAACAGCUCCGCCAUAAUGCUUUGGCUAUCCAUCAAACGCUAGCGGACGAACAAAAGUCUGGUCUUUUGGACGAUGCGGACCAUGCGUUAGAUACCAACAUCUCCAGGCUGGGGAAGGAGCGAACCCGUUUAGAGCUGUACUCAAAACAGAGUCGGAAGACUACAUGGAUGAUUUGGGGCAUCGUCUUUGGUGUCAGUAUCGUCUUUGUAUUUAUGUUCUUCAUCAUCCGUAUUUUCUAAAGCCCCAAACAUUCUGCUUCUGUACAGCUUUACGAAGUAGUUUCGGCAGCUGUCUGCUAUUAAGCAUCAAUGAUAAUAUUAGUAAUAGUAAUAGAAAGAAGAAAAACGCGUGCUCUUGUUUCAAACUAGCCAGCUACUGUAUUUUUAAUAUUUCUAUUUCUAUUUUUGUUUCUACUUUUGUUUUCUAUUUCACG